AUGGCAUACGUCAUUGAAGCAAAGAACGAGAAGCGUCACCUUGAGUGUCUCCCACUCCGCUUUGCUCUCGCAGCAGAUUUGAAGACAACUACGACGGACAACCUAGCCGGAGGGGAUGGCGUGGGAGUGGUCGAAAUCGAUCGCGCACGUGAAGAGGAACUUGAGACUCUCCGCGGCUUCCUCAACCAUGUCAUUUCCGAAGGUAUGACAUACCCGCAACUGAGCACACUGGACGAAGUGGGCUUCCGGGCCUACUUCCUCAGCCAUGACGCUUUUGUAGCCAGAGACCCUAACACGCAGGAGGUGUUGGGUACCUUCUACAUCAAGCCCAACUUCCCAGGGCGGUGCGGUCACAUCUGCAACGGCGGUUUUAUUACCAAGCCGUCAGCACAAGGCAAAGGAGUAGGCAAGGCCAUGGGCAAGGCAUUCCUCUCCCUUGCGCCCCAGUUGGGCUAUCGCGCGGCCAUGUUUAACCUUGUGUUCGAGUCCAACGUGCCCUCGGUGCGAUUGUGGCGCUCGCUGGGCUUCAAGCAGAUUGGGCGCAUUCCCCAGGCCGGGCUCCUGGCGCACGGCGAGUACGUCGAUGCACUGAUGCUCCAUUACGACUUCACUGCCCCGCCGACGCUGAGCGAGUAG